AUGGCAUCCAAAGCCAUGUGGGAGGUCGACCCAGAGACGAGGUCCAAGCUCGCCGCCCUCCAGAAAGAAUCCCAAAACAACGUCUGCUGCGACUGCAACGCCCCCUCGCCACAAUGGGCAUCCCCCAAAUUCGGCGUCUUCAUCUGCCUCUCUUGCGCUGGUGUCCACCGCGGCCUCGGCGUUCACAUCUCCUUUGUCCGCAGCAUCUCUAUGGACGCCUUCAAAGCGAGCGAGAUUGAGCGAAUGCGACUCGGCGGCAACGAGGGAUGGAGGAAAUUCUUUGAGGAGCACGAGGACACACAAAUGCGAGGAAUCACCUGGGAGGAUGCGACAAUUGCGGAGCGAUAUAGUGGCGAAGUCGGCGACGAGUGGAAAGAGAGGCUAUCCUGCAAAGUUGAGGGCAGGGAAUAUGUCCCUGGGGAGAAGAAGCCUGCCGCUCCUGCGGUCAAGCCUACGUCGUCGCCUGCCCUUGGAGGUCAGAGGGGUGCCUCGAGGACGGGGACGCCGCUGAGCAAUUCGACGAGCCGGAGUGAGAGCCCUGGUAAGGGCGGUGCUGGUGGCCCUGGGGGCAAAGUAAGAGUGGACGACAAGUAUUUUUCAAGAUUGGGCGCGGAGAAUGCCUCACGGCCGGACGAUGUCCCUCCUAGUCAGGGCGGCAAGUAUGCUGGCUUUGGAAAUAUGCCUGCUCCUGCGAAGACGAACCAGGCUGGUAUCCCUAACUUUGACGAUCUGCAAAAGGAUCCUAUGGCGGCGCUGACCAAGGGUUUCGGGUGGUUUACGUCUACGGUGAGCAAGACUGCCAAGACUGUGAAUGAUGGGUAUAUCCAGCCCACCGCUAAGCAGUUUGCGGAAGGCGACUUUGCCAAACAAGCCCAACUUACAGCCUCCCAAUUCGCGAGACAAGCACAACUGGCAGGAAAGUCCGCCCAAGAUGGAUUCACCCGCUUCGUCGAGGGCAACGAGGGCGGUCACAGGAGAGACGCACCACUUGACGAGAGCCGUAAAGACUUUUGGGACGACUUCUCUAGUUUGGCGGAGCAGAAGAAGCAGACGAAUAGCUCGAUUGGGACGAGUGCCAUGGGUAUGGGGAAGAAGGGCGGCGCUGCGGGACAGCCGGCCAAGAAGACGGAUGAUUGGGAUGAUUGGUGA